AUGACCGAGUCCACUACUGGCAUGUCGUCGUCCUCUUCUCCCAUGCAACAUGACACGCCUUCUCCUUCCUUUUCAACACCAACGAACGUGCAAGUAGCUGUACGUUGUCGUCCUUUAAACAGUCGUGAAAAAUCUGCCGGACGUGGCGCGGUCGUACAAUGCAAACCGAAUUCCAGUGAAGUGGCUGUUGUCAAGCGCAAGACGUACACAUUUGACCGUGUUUUUGGUCAAUAUUCGACACAAAAGGACGUUUUUGAUGCCGUUGUACGACCGGCCGUAGACGAGGCAUUGGCUGGUUAUAAUUGUACAGUAUUUGCCUAUGGUCAGACAGGUACAGGCAAGACAUUUACAAUGCAGGGAGACCUCUCUCCAGACAGUGAUAUGGCUGGAAUUAUUCCACGAAGUGUUCACUGUAUUUUUGACGCCUUGGAAGCUAGCGAAGAAGAGUUUAGUGUCCGUGUGUCCUUUUUACAGCUCUACAAUGAAGAGCUGAAGGAUUUAUUGGACCCUGAUACUGACAAGAAGCUGAGACUGAUGGAAGAUGCCAAAAGAGGAGGAGGAAUUUAUUGUGUCAAUUUACUGGAAGUCACGGCAACGACAGCUAAACACGUGUAUGAGCUCGUGAAUACUGGUGUCAAGAAUCGUGUCACCUCAGAGACAUUAAUGAACGAAAAUUCGAGUCGUUCUCAUAGUAUUUUUACUGUGAGAAUUCACAGUAAAGAGCACAAUGCCGCUGGUGAAGAUCUGUUACGUAUUGGACAAUUAAAUCUUGUGGAUCUUGCUGGAUCGGAAUGUGUUGGUCGAUCUGGAGCACGGAAUGCUAGAGCACGUGAAGCAGGCACGAUCAACCAGAGUUUGCUCACUUUAGGACGUGUCAUUACGGCACUAGUUGACAAUCUCCCACACGUUCCAUAUCGUGAUAGUAAGCUUACGCGCUUGUUACAAGAGUCACUUGGAGGACGAGCGAAAACGACGAUUAUUGCAACACUAGCUCCUUGUGCAGAUAGCCUUGAUGAGACGCUUAGCACGCUGGAAUACGCAUUUCGCGCCAAGAAUAUCAAAAACAAACCGGAAUUGAACCAGAAAAUGACCAAGGCAGGAUUGCUGAAUGAUUUUGGAAGCGAGAUCGAGACACUCCGAGCGGCCCUGCGUGCUGCGAGAAUGAAAGACGGCGUGUACCUCCCGCUAGAGCAAUUUACUGAUAUGCAAGAGCGGCUGGCCGGUCAGGCUGUUCAAUUAACGGAGCUGGAAGAUAUUCUAACGGCAAGGAACGCGUCGUGUAAAGAGUUUGAGGAAGUUGCUGAAAAGCAUGCGAGCAAGGUGGUGGCACUAACACUUGCAAAGCAAGAGGUGAGCGACAAACUAGCUAUAACAGAAGAGGAACUUGCUUCGACAAAGCAAAUCUUGGAGAAGACGACCCAGGAGUUACAGCAAGUACAGGGUGUGCUGAAAGAAUUCCAAGACAAUGAGCAAGUUCUACUUGCAAACGGAGCUACCGCUGCAAAGAUGUACAAUGCCAGUGAAAAGAAGGCCGUUCAGCUUUUGGCGAAAAUUGAGGACACCCAGCGCGUAGAAGAGGCCAACACAGAGCUGGCAUCAUCGUAUCGUAGUGACUCGCAAUCUCGAAUCAAUGCGCUUAUGAAGCGACUUGCAAAAGACAAGGAAAGUCAAGAAAGCAUGUUUCAUGACGUCUCAACCGCACUGCAUGAACUGCAAUCGGCUCAUUCAACAGAUUUGAAUGGGUUGAUCACUAGUCUGAAUGCAAUGCAAGGCCUUGUCGAAGCGCAUAAAUUGCAUACUACUGAAUCGCACACUGAAGAUGAUACCCGAAGGUCAGGACAGCGUGAAGAAAUGGCAACGUCGAUGAAAGAGGAGCAGGAAGCUAUGGAGAAGCAGCUGGAAAAACUUAUCGAAGUGUCCAAGUGUCACGCAACGGUCAUUAUGGAAGACUUGUCCACGUCAGAAUCGCAAAAUGUGUCAUUCUUAAAAAGCAUGCAUUCGGCAUUAGAGGGCUCUCGCGAUGAGUUGGCCAGUUUUCUUACGGAGCAAAGCGAUAAGUUGCUAGAGUUACAGGUGGCAAUUGACGUAUCAGUCGCAAAACAAAGCAAGGAGCUCAAGGAAAGCAAGGCAGCACUUGUGGAUGCACUAAAAGACAGUCACGCCCAGCAACAGGAGGAACUAAACAGCAUGAAGGCACACUUGGCGCAGUAUAUCGAGAAGUGUAUUCAAAACCAAACACAGAAGCUCGACGAGCAGACGCUGCUAAUUGAAGAGAACACGAAGAAGCAACAGAAACAACUUUCAUACGUGCAGACCAUAACGGAGCAAGAAGUGAAGGGAUUCGUGCAGGCGAUGGGCAAUCAGAGCGCAAAACACGAGGGCGAGACAGCGGGGCUUCGUGAACGUUUGUCUGGCAUGCAAGACCAACUCUGUGAUGCAAACGCACGACAAACGGAGCUGGUUCGGGCACACGAACGACUGCAAACGACAUGGAAAAACGAGACAACAGAGCUUGCAAAAAAACACUCGGAAAAAACGCUGUCUGUAUCGGAGAAGCACUCACAGGAUAAUGCAGCAACGUCGACACAGAGGCGAGAUCAAGCAAUGCAGUUCUUUGGUGAGCACGAAGAGCUCCGACAACUUCUGAAUGGAGGGUCCAAGACACUGGAAAAAGUGCUACAAACUCAAAUCUCGCACACAAAGGACAAGAUUGAGUCAGUAGCAACGCUUGGUAAAGACAUUGUUGCCAAAGCUACUGCAGCCUCCUCCCAGCAACUGUACGAUAUGGAAACAUACAUGAAGAAACGAAAGAUCAAUGCAAGAACUGGAGCCACCCCAGUCAAGACGGAUGACCGACCGUUUCCGUCCUUCGAGUCAACGAAAGUCUCAGCUGAGCAGCUAAACGCCGCGGUACAUACAUCUAGCUACACCAAUUUGUCAAGUAGUGAGCCUGGUUACAAGAGAAGGAGGUUAAGCGAUGUCAGCCCAAGUAACUCCGAUGACAUCUCGCUUACCGUCGCAGACUCCGCCAUGGAAUCUCAAAGCAACACUCCUACCAGCAUCGCUACCGCCAAUACUGCCAUUGGCAACACAUCUACGAGCAGCAAUCAUCAAGAUACUCUACAUCCUGGCAUUGCAUCCGAAGCAGAACAAAGUCUGGAAUUACAAACCGAGAUCAAGCCCGUCACUCCGUCCAAGAUACAGAAAGCAGGACUGUCUGGACUGCACAGAAAGAAGCCCGUGGCCGCUCGGAGCAUGAAGGUGCCAAGUGCAGGAACAGGAGCUCGCAAGGCCAAUAAAACGUCAGCCUCUGCCGUCCCGAAACGACACCGCACCUAG